AUGUUCAUGCUGCUUGUCUUUGGAGCACUGCUUCCUGAGGUCCCCCUGAGUGGCCAAGACAAGUCUCCUCCCCAGGCUGAUGGCAUUCCAGCCACCCCUCUGUUCAACUAUGCCAGCCUCCGCCUGCCGGAAGAGCACAUUCCCUUCUUUUUGCACAAUAACAGGCAUAUUGCCACAGUCUGCAGGAAAGACUCACAUUGUCCUUAUAAGAAACACUUAGACAAUUUGAAGUACUGCUGGGGUUAUGAGAAAUCCUGCAGACCAGAGUUCAGAUUUGGUUACCCUGUUUGCACCUAUGUGGAUAUGGGAUGGACAGACACUCUUGAAUCAGCCCAGGAAAUAUUCUGGAAGCAAGCCGACUUCGGAUAUGCGGGAGAGCGUCUGGAGGAGCUUCAUGUGCUCUGCCAGCCGAAGGAAAAGAAUGACUCAAGUCUGGUGUGUUCCCGUUACCUUCAGUACUGUAGAGCCACCAAUAUCUACCUUGAUUUAAGAAACAUCAAGAGAAACCAUGACAGAUUCAAGGAAGAUUUUGUCCAAAGUGGGGACAUUGGAGGACACUGUAAACUUGACAUUCGUUUGUUGAUGUCUCAAGGUCAGCGCAAAAGCCCUCUGCAGUCUUGGUUUGCGGAGCUACAGAGCUACACUGAACUCAACUUCAGACCUGUAGAAGAUGCUCAGUGUGACAUUGUUAUUGAAAAACCAACCUACUUCAUGAAACUAGAUGCAGGUGUUAACAUGUAUCACCACUUCUGUGAUUUCAUCAAUCUUUACAUUACUCAGCAUGUUAACAAUUCCUUUAGCACAGACGUGUACGUCGUGAUGUGGGACACAAGCUCCUAUGGAUAUGGUGACCUGUUCUCCGACACAUGGAAAGCAUUUACUGAUUAUGAUGUUAUACAUUUGAAAACUUAUGACUCCAAAAGGGUAUGUUUUAAAGAAGCUAUCUUUUCUUUACUUCCCCGGAUGAGAUACGGGCUGUUCUAUAACACCCCUCUGAUCUCUGGGUGUCAAAAUACUGGGUUAUUCAGGGCAUUUUCCCAGCAUGUACUGCACAGACUGAGCAUCACACAAGAGGGUCCCAAGGGUGGAAAAAUUCGAGUGACCAUUCUUGCACGGAGCACAGAGUAUCGGAAAAUACUGAAUCAAAAUGAGCUUGUAAAUGCACUGAAAACAGUAUCUACAUUUGAGGUCCAGAUUGUUGAUUAUAAGUAUAAGGAACUUGGGUUUUUAGAUCAGCUGAGAAUCACGCAUAACACAGACAUAUUUAUUGGAAUGCAUGGAGCUGGUCUUACCCAUUUGCUUUUCCUUCCAGACUGGGCUGCGGUGUUUGAACUGUACAACUGUGGAGAUGAACGUUGUUACUUGGACCUGGCUAGGCUGAGAGGUGUCCACUACAUCACUUGGCGAAGGCAGAACAAAGUCUUUCCUCAAGAUAAGGGCCACCACCCAACUCUGGGGGAACAUCCAAAGUUUACCAACUAUUCUUUUGAUGUAGAAGAAUUUAUGUACCUUGUCCUUCAGGCUGCAGAUCAUGUAUUGCAACACCCAAAGUGGCCAUUUAAGAAAAAACAUGAUGAGCUAUAA